CUGAGUUGUCCUCACUGUGGUGCCAAGUAUGAUAAACGAAAUAGUCUCUAUCGACACAUUCAAGAUAAACAUGAAAACCGUAAUGUACAGUGUGAUUUGUGUGGUGCGAGUUUUAAUCGUAAAGCUAAUUUGAUUCGUCAUGUAACUCAAAAAUAUAAGUGUUCAUACUGUGGUGUUAGUUAUGAUAAACGCUUAAGUUUGAAUCGGCACAUUAAAGACAAGCAUGAGGCUCAAACUUUUGAUUGUCACAUCUGUGGUAAAGCUUUCAAUCGCAAGUUUACAGCUCUCAGACAUAUGGCAACUCAUUCCAAGAAAUCAUUGGGUGGUUUUGUCUGCGGUAUCUGUUCCAAGACCUUCUCCAGGAAAUAUUAUCUGAACAAACAUAUGAGGACGACUCAUCAUGAUUUUAGCUGUCCUGACUGUGGUGCCCAAUACUCAAAUGCCAAUAGUUUAAGCUAUCACAUUCGCGAUAAACACAGGGACUUCAAUAAAUAUUCAUGUAGAUUUUGCCUGAAAACAUUUUCUAGAAAAUAUCACUUGAGGCGUCUUUAUAAUCAUGUUCAAGAUAAACAUGUAAAUAACAUGAAAUUCCCUUGUACUGUCUGUGGAAAAAGAUUCUCGAGAAAAUACCACCUCAAUAGACAUUCUCAAAUGCAUUUGCCAAGAACAUUGCGUGUUUGUAAUAUCUGUGGUGCCUCCUACAAUAACCCAAGAAGUUUGAAAAGGCAUACUGAAGACCGCCACUUAAAUAAAGGGAAAUUUGUUUGUGUUGUCUGUAAUAGAGGAUUUAAUAGGAAAUAUCAUCUCGAAAGACAUUCACAAAUUCAUCAUGAUUCCAGGAAUAACUUUCCCUGCCCCUACUGUGGCAGAUGUUUUAAGAGAAAAUUUGAUCGUAAAAGACACUACAAGACUCACAAAGAUAUGAAUGUGUAUGAAUGCCGGUAUUGUGGGGUGGUUUACCAUAAUAAAAAUAGUCUGUACAGUCAUAUGAAUGAUAAACAUAGACAAGAUAAAUUCAUCUGUAGCGUUUGUAAACGUGCCUUUAGUCGAAAGUACCACCUUCAAAGACACUUAUCUAGUCAUGUCACAAGUAAACUGGGAUGUCCAAUGUGUGGCAAGCUUAUUGCUCAUAGAAGAAAUCUUAAUCGGCAUAUCAAAGAACAGCAUUUCAAUAGAAGAGUUAUGUGUCCAAUAUGUUUAAAGACUUUUACACAAACUGGUUCACUAAAUCGUCACAUUGUCUAUGACUAUGGUUUUGAGAAGGUAGCAUGCAAUCAGUGUGGCAAGUUGAUGAUCCGAAGAAAUCUACGCCAACAUAUCAAUAUCAUUCAUUUGAAUAAGCGUUGCACUUGUCCAAAAUGUGGUAAAGCUUUUACACAGACAGGGUCCAGAAAUCGCCAUCUUCUUAUUUGUCCCUUUAAUGAUGAUAUCAACCCACCUCCAAAAGCCAAUAUGAAUAUGGAGUAA